AAGGCGUGAAGGGAGAAUCGGCACAGCUUGGGCAUCAAGCUGCAGCUGAGAAAGCGGAGUGCUCAUGUGGGGUAUUCUUCGCCUUGGGAGGGCCAGGCUCGCUCAGGAAACAGCAAAUUCGGCGAUUGCUCGGAAAACGACAGCAAGAACAACAACAGCAAAAUCAACACCCUAUUUUCAACGUCGGUGGUUUGGCAUAAACACUGCAAGAAUGGCACCUGUGCGGGACCCCAACACGCUGUCCAACUACAACGAAUGGCGCACCAAACAUACCACGGCCGAUUUUAAGGUUGAUUUCACGGCCAAGUGCCUUCGCGGGUCUGUGGUUCUCGAGCUUGAGUCACAAACAGACAAGGCUAGCAAGGAGAUCGUCCUUGACUCUAGCUACGUCGAUGUCUCAGCUAUCGCACUCAACUCGGCGCCCUCGCAAUGGGAGGUCAAGGAUCGCGCAGGGCCGAACGGCUCUCCGGUCCACGUCGCAGUGCCCAACGGCGCCGGCAAGGGGGAGGUUGUUAAGCUCAAGAUCGAGCUGGCCACCACGGACAAGUGCACUGCUCUUCAGUGGUUGACCCCGGCCCAGACGAGCAACAAGAAGGCUCCCUUCAUGUUCAGCCAGUGCCAGGCCAUCCAUGCGCGGUCCAUUUUCCCCUGCCAGGACACGCCCGACGUCAAGAGCACCUACGACUUCAUCAUCCGCAGUCCCCAUGUUGUCGUUGCCAGCGGCGUCCCGGUGCCAGGUGCGACAGAGGCUGCUGGGGAGGAUAAGGUCUACAAGUUCGAGCAGAAGGUCCCCAUUCCGUCUUAUCUUUUCGCUGUGGCAUCUGGAGACAUUGCUAGUGCCCGGAUCGGAAGAUGCUCUUCUGUCGCCACGGGUCCCAACGAGCUGAAGGCCUCCCAAUGGGAGCUCGAGGAUGAUAUGGACAAGUUCCUAGACGCUGCCGAGAAGAUUGUCUUCCCUUACCAGUGGGGUGAGUACAAUGUCCUUGUCCUGCCUCCGAGCUUUCCGUACGGCGGCAUGGAGAACCCAAUCUUCACAUUCGCGACGCCCACCAUCAUCAGCGGUGACCGGCAAAACAUUGAUGUCAUUGCCCACGAACUCGCCCACAGCUGGAGUGGCAACUUGGUGACGAGCUGUAGUUGGGAGCAUUUCUGGCUCAAUGAAGGAUGGACCGUGUAUCUGGAGCGCCGUAUCCUGGCUUCCAUCCACAAGAAUGACGCCUACUUCGACUUCUCGGCCAUUAUCGGCUGGAAACAUCUGGAGGAGUCAAUUGGGGAGUUUGGCAAAGAUCAUGAGUACACCAAGCUAUCCAUCAAGCACGAUGGUAUCGACCCAGACGAUGCCUUCAGCUCGGUGCCUUACGAGAAGGGCUUUCACUUCAUCUGGUCUCUUGAUCGUCUCGUCGGGCGCGAGAACUUUGACAAGUUCAUCCCCCACUACUUUAGCAAGUGGCAGAACAAGUCUCUGGACUCAUACGAGUUCAAGGACACCUUCCUGGAGUUCUUUGGUGCCCCAGAGUACGCCAGCCUAAAGGACAAGCUCUCGGAAAUCGACUGGGAGGGCCGCUUCUACAACCCUGGCCUUCCGCCAAAGCCCGAGUUCGACACCUCACUUGUGGAUGGGUGCUUCGAACUCGCCAACAAGUGGAAGAGCAAGGACUUCUCUCCUAGCCCGUCGGACACGUCGUCGUGGACCGGAAACCAGGUCCUCGUGUUCUUAAAUGUGGUCCAGGACUUCGAGGAGCCCCUAACGGCGGAGCAAGCGCAAAAUAUGGGCAAGGUCUAUGCCCUCGCUGAUUCUAAGAAUGUUGAGCUGAAGUCAGCCUACUACCAAAUCGCGAUGAAGGCCAAGGACACCAGCUCUUAUCCCGGUGUUGCGGAGCUUCUCGGAAAUGUCGGUCGUAUGAAGUUUGUCCGGACGCUGUUUCGCACUCUCAACAAGGUGGACCGUGACCUUGCGGUCAAGACCUUUGAGAAGAACCGUGAUUUCUAUCACCCAAUUUGCCGCCAACUGGUUGAGAAGGACCUUGGGUUAGGAGAGUCGAAGUAGCCCCAGCAACGACCGAACAAGCCCCAUAUGGAUGGGGCCGAGAGCGAAUGUCUAGGAUAUUGAUGGGGACCUGGGAUAUCUUGCACGAGCAUCGAAUUGUUCGGUUAGCCAACAUUUGGCUGCGUCUCUGUCGCUAUAAAUGGUUGGUUACCUAGGUACCUUAACCUACCUUACCCAACUCAUGAUGUUGGAGCCACGGACCUGGACACCUCGACCUGAGGUAGUGGAUAGGUAGAAUACACCCACUGAAGCUCCCUGAAUAAGCCCCCUAAAUUCAUUCGUUACCUCAGAGUCUGGUGGUGGGAGAAACAGGUUAAUCAACCCUGUCAAUAUUGAUAUCCACAAGUUAUAACUCCCGCAUUAACUUGCUUGCCAAACGGGUAA